CUCGAUACCGUAUACCGGUAAAUAACAUGCAACUAAGCAAGCGUUAGUAGACGUAGACGAACGAAAGUAUGGCAAAUGUUGCCGAAAACGAGUUGAAUUUUCUUCCCUAUAUUUAUGAUAUAAUUAAAUGUAUUGAAAGAGAUUCAAGAGAUGUUAACCAGAAAAUGCUUGAUUUCCGUAACCAGUUACUUAAAGCCAGAGAAUGUGUUGAAAAAAUGCCAGGGAUCCAAUAUAGCAGACAGGACCAGCUUAAACAGAUUGAUAUCCUUCAGCAGCAACUGACAACAAAAACACAGCUCAUCCAGAAGUACAAGUCCAUGCAAACAUUUGAUUUGUCUUCUCAGACACCUAUGCAGCAAUAGCUACAGAUUGUA